UCCUGCGAAUUGGACGAAUCUUCGGAGCAUGGCACCAAAUACAAUGCUUCAAGGUUUAUAUUCUCUGACGGGCCAAUCAUUCUCAAGAGAGUGCCUCGUUCGAGUCCCUUAUCAGGACAAAUUUGUUUGCUUGGCGCUUGCCUGCAACUUGACACUCAGAUGAUAAAGAAGGGUUUCUUGCUGAUACUGGAGGAUGCUGAUGACGAGGUCUUUUGGCAACGUUAUUGGUGUGAGCUGUACCCUGACCGAUUGCAUUGCUGGCCAUGGCCUCUCUUAAAUUCGGCCUGGCCAGCUUUUGUCGAGGGCGAUGAGGCUAAGGGAGACGAUGAGACAACCGACCAGACCUGGCAUCGUUUGUCGGGCGUCAAUCCAGGCCUAGGUUGUGGUGCCAACCCAAAGACGAGUUGCAGAUCGGCCAGAACCCUCUUGACUUGUCCUUGCGCGUCGUGCUCCUCGUGCGUCUCCCUCAGUUCUUCCACAUCCUUGUCAAUGAUCUCGAACUCCUCGGGCUCUGAUCAGCCUGAUCAAACGGGCCACAGCCUGAUGCUGAAGACGCCUGGGGGCGGCAAAUGCCAAGCCGUCACCCCCCUCAGCAAGGCUGUCGUCAGGGACAAGGCAGCCGAAAAUGGUCGCUCUGGCGUUGAUCUUCUUUGGCCACCCGCCAACUCGAGCAAUGCAUACAGGUUCGGGCUCACGACGGCAGAGCAGUUCGGCCCUCCGGAGAAAUCAAUCGAUUUGCGUCGAAUUUCUUCAUCCGGUGUGAUGCUAUUCGGCCUGAAAGGGGAUCUCCAUGACCACUCGUAUCGGCUGGUUGGAACGGACCUCGUUGCCGCCAAGUUGGCUGCCUCCGAGAUCGGGGCCGUGCUGAUCUGUUUGCAGGCCUGCGGAAGAGUAAGCCGUCUGCGUAAAGGAGAGGAAAGAUCUGGUGGAUGCAGGGACCGGCCGAUAGCACCAGGGGACAGAGUCAGGCAGAUUUCGCCAGCCGGCAAAGAUCGAUCCGAGGAGAGAAUAUACUUUAAAUGUCAAAAUCCCGACGAGACCAAUAGUUGGUUCAUCCAGUUCACUCGAUGUGUCGGACUCUUGAGUAGCUGGUUACCGAACGAUCAGGCCAACCGAUUACGGCUAGAUCAUCCAGACGGGGUUUGGCCUCAAAGUCGCCAAUUCAACGAGCUGGUAACCGAUGGUCUUAUCAGUGCAUCGGUAAGGCAUUAA